GUGUCGCUGUAAUAUUUAAUCUGACGAAAGAGCUUCCGGUGUAGCGCCAUAUCGUGCAUCUCAUGUACAUCCUGAAUUCCCAGGACCCCUUUGGGAGCUUUCAUAUCCGCCUGAUUUAAAAUCUUAUCAACGCUACGAUUUGAUUUCUUAACAUUAACUUAUAAAUAACAUUUGGAAAAUAUUUGUUAUUUUGGUUGAAUGGAGUAAAGCUAGAGUUGAGUGUAUGAUUUAACUAGAUGCGAUUUAAGAGCUUUUUUUUUUUUUUUAAAGUAUAACAGCGAAAACAUUUGUAAUAUAAUUGUUGUUGUGCUUUAGAAACAAAACCGAUAUACAAAUAUAGUGUGUUUUUAUUUUAUUGUUACCCGUUAAUUUACUUUAGUGAUUCAGGUAUUAUUUGUAAACGAUCGUUAAUAUAUUUCAUUUUGUCUACGCUGGCAAAUUUGUUAGUUCGUUUAUAGCGUACGGUUAAGUUUUUAUUUCUGGCGAUUGUAUUUAGGUUUCAAACUAUAUAAAACUUGUGUUCAUUUGUGGAAAAUUAUCUUGAUGGACAAAACGUGUUUGUAUUGUAAACUCACAGAGCUUUUUUUGGGGAGGAGGGUUGGCGAAGAAACCAGUGUGAUGCUAACUUCCGGGUUCCGGUACGAAAUGACGUCAUCCCUACGCCACUAUACAUUUUUGGCAUAAAACGCUACUCGGAAUCAGGCACAUUGAUAUCUACCUAUAUGAGGUCCUCCGACAGGAAACCAGCGGAUACCGGAAGUGCUGAGAAAGACUCGAUAUGAUGUAACACCGAGCGCCGAGUAAUCGAUCAGGACCUUGACUGCUUCUUAGCGCCAUCAUGGUGUUACGGAGGCUCCUUUACGCGUUAAUAAACAACGCUCAGCUGGUGGAGAAGCUAGCCGAGUCGCGGCCCAUCCGGCGCGCGGCGCAGCUCACCGCCUUCGCCAUCACGCGCGCUCAGAUCGCCGGUAAGGACGCCGCGCGCCAGAUCCGCUCAGGAGAGCUGGGCCAGAAAGGCGCGAGAGUCCGGGACACUUUCCUCAGAGAGGUGAAGGAGGGGAUGAGAGACGCGUCUCGACAAAUUAAAGACAAGAAGUGAACGGUGUGGAUUUAAAACUCGGGGACAAUCUGUCAGGGUGUCUGGCUUUACUGAAUGAACGGCUUUCUCUGUUGUAAAUAAUAUAAAUAAUGAUAAGAGUCUGAUAAA